GAAGUACCUACGACACGUGCCGAGCGGGAGCAAAUAUGGCGUUUCGCGGGACAGUUUUUCCACUGAUUUUUGGAGGAACGUUGAUAUUAUUUGGUUUUGGAUUCUAUCACAGGUACAAGCUUAUUAUUAACACCGAGGAGCAAGCGCAGAGGAAGGAAUACAGCAUUCACAAGGCACUGGAAUUCCGUCGCACAGUUAAGGAAAAAAUCGAUGAGAAGAAAUCUAAUCGUUGAUUGCGAGCGUUUUGAGCCAAGUUACAGGUUUUCGUUUUAAUAUAGUUUUCAAUUUUGGUUUCGGUUUGAGGAGCAUUCAUAUUGCGGUGUGUGGCGGAUUAGACUGAUUUGUGCAAAUGUUAAUAUGUACUAUUCGAAUCGAAAUGUCACUGACUAGCAUCGAAAAUAUGUGAAUUGCAAAUUUGACGAAUAAUAUUAUUCACAUUCCAAUGGGAGAAUCGCCAAUUGUACAUAGAUGUCGGGUGAAGAAAAACGAACUCGAUCUAAGAGAUGCUUGUCACGUAACAAGCGUUCUAAAGCAGAGAAAACUACCGUAGAUGAUCCUUCAUCCAAUGAAGCUGCUGGAAAAGUAUUUACAGUUCUUAAAUCAAAACGGUCACAAUGCUCACAUCUAAUUGAAAGGACUGAUGAUUUGGAGAAUGAAUUCGCAGUGUUGACUGAGGAAACUUUGGAAGCUAAAAUUCUCACAGGGAAGUCAAGAAAUAACCAAAAGGAUGUAUUUGAAUUUCUUGAUGAAGAGAGUGAUGACACAAGUGAACUGCCAGGAACAGCCCCUCUUGUUAAUAACAAGCGGAAAAGGAUUGCGUCUGAAGAACUUGAAGUCUCAUGUUUUAGCAGUACAGUUUCCAAGUUCAAACGGGCACGUAAUGCUGUAACGUGUUUAAAACAGCCUUUAAUACAAUUAGAGAAAUGCACAGACAAUGCUGGGUCUGAAGUUGAACCUACAGAUAAAUCUUGUGCUGGGAACAGGGCAGCGGAUUGUACAGAAGUUUUGUUUCACAAGCUAGACACAGGAGGGAGUGCAUUGCAGGAAGUUGGUGGUACAACACUUAGAGAUGAAGGCAUCUGUGGUGAUAAUGUUGGACAAGUAGAAGCUGAUGAUUUACAAGUCAUCCAAGAUCCGAAAUGUCAAGAAAGUAGAGAAGAUUGUAACAGAAAACGUGAUUGUCCUGUUUGUGGUCUAACAUUCCCACCAACUGAAAAUAUGGAUGUUUUUAAUAGACACAUUAACAGCUGCCUUGAUAGUGGCUCUGACUGCAGGACCACAGAAAAUGAUUCUUCUGAACCAGGCACUGAAAAAAUGGAAGAAGAGAUGUUCUUCUGUCAACUCUGUCAGAAAGAUUUAUCUAGGAUGAAUUCCCAGCGACGUCAGCAGCAUGUCAAUAGGUGUUGUGAUGAGGCAAGUAAAGUUAAAGACACAGGGCAGUUAAACAGAGUUCAAGGACAAACUUCAACUCAGUUACAGUGUCCUAUAUGUGGCAAAGGAUUUAAAUCUUUGAAGGUAUAUCAGUGCUUGUGUGUUUUGAAAAUGUACCUCUAGAAUAUUUUUGCAAAGUGAUAUGGCCAAACGAUAACAAAAUGAUGAACACCAAAAAAAUAUAUAUUUACAUCACUUAAGAAUUCUCAAGUAUAAGAAUCACCUAUAUUAGUAAGGGGUAUGUGGAAAGCACUAUGGAAUGUGUCUUGUGGGUGUAGAAACUGAAUUCAGUCCACUGCCUCACUGCAUCCUUCUAUUGCAGUUUAUCUCCCAAGUCUGUCAUAACUGUAUGGAGAAAGCAUCUCCCGGUAAAAACUGAACUGUCAAGUCGUUCCUCUACAAAGAACCCCUUUACAUAUGAUCCAAUUUUUUUGUCCCGUUGGAUACAUUCACCCUACUUGUUUUAAUAAUUCAAAAGGCCAGUUUACAGUUGUAUGCUAAGUAGCUUAGCCUUUGAGUGGAAGCAAGGCUGGAUGUGAAAUUGUUUUGAUAGAAACCUCAGUACCAUUCUUACAUGUAUGCAAAAGAGAAAGUUUUACAUUUUGAAAAGCAGUGAGGUUUCUAUCAAAACAAGGUCAUCUCCAACCCCAGGAUACUCUUUACACAACUACAGAGUCUAUUGUUCUGCUCUUUGCAGUCAAGACAAGCACAUCUCAAAAAGUGCGCACAAGAAUACAAUGUGGGAAUAAACCAGCUUCUAGAAAUCAUGCAUCAUGAAAAGCACCAGGAAGAUUCCAUUUCUAUGGCAACUGUUGCAACAGAACGAGCAACAAAUGAACAUCCUGGCAGAGUUAAGAGGAAGAGAAGAGCUGUUGCACCAAAGAGGUUAGAUCAUCAGUGUUCUUACCAGGAUUUCAUACACUAGGGUCUACAGGACCCAUGGAGAAGAUAAAAUGGGGUCAUGAGGGAGAAAAGCUGGCACGAUUUUUAAGAUACAGUUUACUCAACAUUUUCACAGGUCUGAGUCUAAGAUAAUGAUGACUGUGUUCUAAAGACGCCAUAACCAAUAUUAAAUUUUGGCUCUUAUUACAAUGAAAUGUACGUAUGUUUUGUAAUAGGUUUUUUUUCCUUGCACCCAUGGGAUCCCUUGGGCUAAUUACAGUGUGGCAUUUCCCAAAAAAGUGCGGCAAUGCCGCAAUGCUGCAGUCUGGUAAGAACACCGGAUCAUGGAGGUCUUGUAUACAGUAGAACCUCUUAAGUGGAAACAAAAUAGUACAACUUUGUGGGGCUGAAGUUGGCUGGUUAAAAGUUUGAGAUAAAAGUUAACGGUAUGUCGGGCACCCUGGACUUCACAGGGUAAGAGCGUUGGACUCCCUAUAAUUUUUCUUAGUACACAGCUUCCUGGUAGUCCUGUGCAGGGCAAGGGCUACAUGUAUGCCUCGACAACACCUAGUUGAAGCUUGACCAAGUUUCUGUAGAGGCACGUGUAGGGAUUUGUUGGUUGAUGAAUUUGUGCAUUCUUUGUACAGACAUUGUUAAACGAUUUAUGCAAAGGUUUUAACUAGCAAUGAGAGUUUUUUAUUCUCAGUGACCUUGAUGAACAAACCCAGAUUGCUUUGGCAUUGUCAGCCUCCAUGGCCCCUCCUCUGCCCCCUGAUGCAGGUGAAGGAAAAACUGGGAAAAGAAAAGGAAAAAAGAAUAAAGGGUGAGACAAUUUUGAUUUUUUUAAUGAGUUAAAUGAAGGAUGAUGAUGAUGUUGAGUUAAAUGAAGGAUGAUCAUCACAGUUUUGCUGCAAAAGUUCCGUAUAAAACUGCGAUGAUCAUCCUUCAUUUAAUUCUUCACUCCACAGUUCACCUAUAUGACUUUCAUAUUUUCGUAACUUCAAUGCUAAAUAAAUACUUGAUCCUCUCCUGCUGAGAGACUUUCCAAGGAUAACGAAUCAAAUUUUUCUCAGUUUUAACAAAGUUAAAAAAUCCCAGCUGGUAGGAAGUGGCACGAACCAGUUGGCUGUUUUCAGAUAAUUUUUGUGAUCUGACAACAAUAUUAAUUAUUAAUAUUGUUGUCAGAUCACAAAAAGCAUACAUCACGAGACUGCGAAGCAAUACAGGUAAUUUUCAUUACAGAAAUUAUGAAACUCAGCCAUGAUGAAAAGUUCUUGUAUCAUGCAAAGGCUUGAGGCCUUAAAAUCAGACAACAUUAACAGGCUAGUUUCAAAUUAUUAACAAUUCAUACUUAGCAGCAAGGCUGAGGGGUACUAAACAAAAGCACAUUGAGAUUCAGUGAUAAAUAAGGCAGGUAUGAAUUUUGAUAAUUUUUCGGACACUGGUCUAUUGAAUUAGCUGUUUAAUUAUGCUUGCCCAAGGAGUCAAACUAAGGAAUUUUUUGACAACAUCAAUGAUGGUACUAAAAUAUAAAUAUAUUGUAGAUAAUUUAUUUCUCAAAAUGUUAUGUACUUUUAAAAUAGGGGAAAUGAGCUGCCUCCCUUGUUACUCAGAGAUGAUGAGACUGCCCAGAAAGCUGUGGCUAUAAGAGCAGCACAAGUGCUUUGCACACAAGUAUGUCUUCCUUUCACCAGUUUUCAUUGAAGUUUGCCUUUAUCUUCAUUAUAUUUUAGUGGUCAGCAACUCUCUUAUCGUAAAAGUUUCAAAAAUGUUCUGAGUGUUUUCCUCAGCUUUACUAGAGUGAAAAACAGUCUGUUUUUUUUUUGUCUCUCAAAAUGGGGUUUUUAAGGCAAGAGUGCCGGCAUGAGAUUUUCACGUCCCUCCUUAACCUUACUCUCCAUUUCCAUCUUCACUCCUGACCUUUGGUUUGACCACUCAUGCACGCAGUCAGUCAUUAAAUUGGGACUCAUGUUUUGCCUUUAAAGGAAGACAAUGAUGAGGAUGAUGAGAUAUCUUGCACCCCUGCUCUUGCACCAAGCCGGUUAGCUCAGCAUGUUCCAUCCUGCGUGCCUCCUGUGUCCACAGAUGCCACAGGAUGUAACUCUGAUGAUGCAACCAGCGCUACAUCAGUUUGUAAAGAAGAGGUCAACAAGCCCAUGGAUGUAGAUAGUGAAAAUGAUACAGAGCAGCAUGAAGAGUUAAGAAUGUUGACCUUCACUGUUGAUCCUGCAUUGAGCAAAUCAUUUCUUAAUUUCCUGUAUGAUGUGGAAGAUGAAGAAAGAGAAGCAGCUGAAAUUCAGGUAGUAUAGUGGGUAUAAGAGCAUAACAUCACUAUGGAGUGUCGCUUUUCAGGUGCAACUUUUAGUCCAGCAGGAUUUUCUCCUAGUGUUAUUCCUUCUUCUUGGAUUUUGAAUGUGAAUUUAGGAAGAAGAAAAAUUAUAGGUUUGAAUUCUUGAGACAUGUAAAGAAAGGUCAAAGUGCUAGAUAUUUACUGUACAUAGUUCCAUGACAGUUAUUUUCAGUGUCUUCUGAUAUGCGUGAAAAUGAGUUAGACACUCAUCUUAUUUCAGAUAUUAGUGUUGGGCAGAAAAGGCCAGGGAAAAAUUUUCUUCUAGUUGGGAUCAGUACUUUGCUGUACUCUUUCCAUACUGUAUAAUACAAUUAUAUUAUACAGUAUUAUUAUAAUAAUAAUAACAAUAAUGAUAUACACUUAUAUAGCACCUUUCUCUUAGUUAUCCAAAGCGUUUUACAAUCAGUAAAUACUUAGAAAACAAAUAAUUCAAAUACAACAUAACAGGAUUUAAAAUCCCAACUGGCAGGAGGCAACCAGUUGGCUAUUUACAAGCAUGGCCGAGGAUUGGAACUCGGGACGACCGAGAACCAGAGCAGGAAUCAAACCCGGGACUGUUUUGUUUUUAACUUUGCUUUUACAUUUAUGCUCAGGCACCUCGUCCCAGUCCUCUGUGGUCAUUAUCAGCUCUUAAAGAAGAAUCUUGUGACACAUUUUAUGUACAAGGCCUCCUCCCUCCUGCAUCACCACCAAGGUCAAAGAACUGCCUUAAAAGAGUCGCUGUUUCUGAUGGUAUAACAGCUCCAACUGUCAUAAAUAAACCAGCUAUUGAAACAGUUGAAACGGUGGGCAACAAUAGUCUUGUGAGAACUAAAACAAGGCCAAGAUCUGUUACAGAAGUACAAGUGAGUCCAACAAAAGAUACUGCUGAAUGUCCAGAGAUAACACCAUCACAAGCUGUUAAUGUAGAAAUGCUGUUGGAGCUUGCUGGAGAAGAUGAUAUCUCAAACAUAUCAUUAGAUUCCCAGCAGAUGAUAGGAGCGAGUGGUUUCUGUGUUGAUGAACAAGAUCAAAAGAACCAGGUAAAGUUUUUUUUUCCUUUUUUUUUAAUUUUCAGGUGAAGCUAUCCAUUUUUAAUUUUUGCAUUUAAUUAGGGCCCAGCAUGUGGGUCUCUGCAAAAACUAAGAUGUGCUAGUUACCCUGGGACCAAAGUUACAUGUAAUUGUCGGGGACCACUGGGUGAUAGUAGGGCAUAGUCCUGUUUUUUCAUACUUAGCUCUGUAAAACCCAUAAACCUCACAGGGGUUGAUACGGUACCUAUAUGUCUUUUACUAGGUGACAAGAACUUCAUCUUCACAAAAUUGGGGCAUGAGAAUAACAGACCUGAUUAAAGCCUAGACAAGUGAUAAAUUGCAUGGUAAUUGCAACAUUUUUUUUCCAUUCAUAUAGGAAAGUGAACCUGUGCCUAGUGGAGUUCCAAAGCUUCUACAAGAUUUAUCAUCAAUGAUCAACAACCCACAUCUUAGCGAUGUUGUUAUUUGUCUCCAAGAUGGACAGGAAAUAGCAGCACACAGCUUUAUCCUUUCACUCAGGUCUGAUGUGCUUGCACAGGUAUGUGCUACAAAAUUUAGUUCUGAUGGUAUAAAUUCUGUGGAUAGAUGAGGAAGAGGAAACAGUAAUAAUAAGCUUUGCUUCUGCUUGAGUCUUCUUGUUUCCCUUGCCUUUGGCUUGGGAACAAUAACAAUUCUUGGGAGAACAACACUAAAGAUUUCUAAGAGUAUCUUUCAUGAUGAAAAAAUUUUCUUUGCCCAAGGAUCCAAACAUGAUUACUAUCACAUCUUUGUCAUUCUCUAUGGAGCUAAAAUUCCCCAUCUUUUUGUACUCAUUAACAGACACUAUGCUUUUGACCUCCCCGACCCUAGCACUUUGUAGGAUGUUUGUUACAUACACUGUAUGACCCUAGUAAAUGGCCUUACUAUCCAUUCGUCUCCCGUAGCUCAGUAAGGAGAGCAACAACACUGUUUGGAAAGUGCUAAGUUUGAUUCCUGUUAGAGAUUCAAGAUUUUUCUUAGUCUUUCACUCUAGACAUGACGAUUAUUAUCUUCUUCCUUAAAACUAAAAUAAAUGUAUCUUCCGCUGGACCAGACAUUAAGUGACUUGCAUUCUCUCUUUUCUUGUACUUUUUUUUUAGUUGUUGUCAGAGGAAACAGCUUCCAGUAAAUGGCAGGAUAAAGUGUACCUGAAGUUCGAUGAUGUUUGCCUCCCUGUGUUUGAAGUUGCGUUAAGACACAUAUACACUGGUGAUGUUACCAUCCCUGUGCAGUCUGAUGUAGAUGACGUAGAAAACUUGGCUGCAAGGUAAGGCUUAUUUGUACUUUUUCCAUACAAGCCCAUAUAAGGGUAUAAAUUCAAGACGUUUACAGCUGGUCACUCAGACUCUAAAAUGACAUUUGCACAACAGAACAAGCUCAGUUGGUAGAGCACUUGACUGCAGAGCGGGAGUUCGUGAGGUUCGAUUUCCUGGGCCGAACCAAUACUCAUGCUCUUAAACAAGUGAGGCAUGAAGUCAAGGUUCUGCCUUUGCCCUGCAAACUGCCUAACCUUAGCAUGGCUCGGAUGGCGCAUUAAAAUGGCGGUCCCGUGUCCAGUAGGAGACGUAAUAAUAGUGUCCUCAAAUUUUACUUUCGUGGUAAAUACAUUGACACUCAAAUACAGUGCGUAUUUUUUUCCACUCUAGAGACCGGUUACAAUGGUACUGAUUUGCUUACCUUGUUCCCAUUAUUUUUUUACAUUGUUCCCCUGCGUACGGAAGCCAGUUAAGCUUAGAGUUAAGCUUAAAGUUAAACUUGUAUGUGGUUACAAACGAAAACUUUUCCCUCAGUAGUAUUCCUCCAUCGGGUGACGAUUUCUCUACAGUGGCCUUGUUUAUGCUUACUACUACUCAAAAUGAAAAUCACCCCACAACCUACGCUGCGAUUAAAAAAUCUCAGGGAAAGUCUGAUGUUCUUUCCUCAGUUGUUCAAAAGUUGGCUAAGGCUAUCCACUGGAUAAAUCUUUGUUCAGUUGAUAACGAAAGCGGUCUCCAUAAUACUUGUCCGCUGGGCAGUGAUUAAUCUGGGAGAUAGCGCUAUCGAACGUUUGAAUGUCAAUGCCUUAGCUCAUGAAAUUCUUCAUUCUAGGUUGAAGCUUCCUUGUUUGGCAAAGGCGUGUAAAGUUAUGAGGCAGCAGAUGAAUCAAGUAUCCGAGAGCCAAGAGGAUGACAACAAAAACAACGACCUUGUUACUGAUUUGGAGAAGCUCGAAGAAAAUCUGUGGAGAAAUGGUGAUGAUGAUGGUCAAUUAUCAGAUGGUCAAAAAGAGAGAGAUGACAAAGAUGAUUUCUUGAACGAUGAUGAUAUUGAAGAAAUUGUGUUUUUUCAGACUCAAGCUCUGAAAAUGAAAGGGAGUGUCGGAGGUGAAAGUUUAGAAGAGAAGGAUGAGAAAUUUCUAACAGAACAAACUGAAAAUGAAGAUACUUCAGCAGCAGGUGAAGUAAGCACUGUGGUAAAUAAUAAUACACGUGAUGAAGAGUCAAGGUGUGAUUCUUUGGAGAAGAAAAGACAGAGGUCAGAAACUUGCGGUAACAUGAACAAGGGUAGUCUGUCGCAUAGUGUUGCUGAUGAAGGUAAUCUCUCUCGUUAUAAUGUUGUAACAGUUAACCUACCGCAUGAUUUUGGUAAAAUAAAUGGCUUGCCCUGCAAUUCAGCUGGCGAUAGAGAAACCGCCCCGCCUCUCGAUGUUACUGAAAGAAAAGACGAGUAUGAAAUGUUUAUAUCAUGCGAAGGUGACGAGGAAAAAAUGAUUGAAGAUAAACAGUCUCCUUCACCAAAGGAACACUUAGCGAAAAAUGAGGUGAAACCAUUGACUUCGUCAAAAACAGUACACGAGUUAACAGAAAAAUCAGAAACAUUCUCUUGUGAGGAUAGAAACUCAUCACGUGAUACAUGUAUUUCCACUUGUGAACUGGGUCCAGUCAGUGAGCAGCCUCAGAAUCAUGUCGAGGGUAGACAUGACAAAACGAAACUUGACGUGAGAGAACACAACGAGGUUGUGAAAGAACUAAGUGACAACGAAGAAUUACCUGGUGACUAUGGAGAUUGUGUGAUGGAAUUUGAGUUGGAAUAUAAUGAACAUUCUCCUGGCAUGUCGAAAGAGUCAUUCAGUGACAAGUACGGAAAAAAUGUUGACGAUUUCAAGGAUGUUAGCGAUCUGGAUGCUAUUCAUGAAACUUUGUCGGAUUUUCAACCCCACAGUAACGAGGACCUCGAUGUCCCGUAUGAAAGUGCACACAAGCGUGCUGAUUGCUUAUCACCCCCCUCGGGGGAAGGUUUGUGGGACAUUGACGAAACCUUACAAGGGUCCACUCGGGAAGUUACUGUGCUGGACGAUGAUGAAGUCGACGGGAAAGUUGCAGACGAGUCCAUCACAUUAUUAAGUGAUAAUAACGAGGAGGUUAGUUACUCGUCUGGUUUCUUGAAUUUUAUUGUAACAUUUGAAUCGAGUUAUCUGACCUCAGGAACUCAAAUCGAGAACAGUACUUCUGAGUCUAAGGGUACUAAGCAGUACUUUCUUCCGGUAAUGAUUUCUUGAUUGUUGUGUUGUAGGAGGCGGUGGAUAUUUCUCAAGUCUGUACAUGAAAUCCUAAAAUUUGACCCUUCACCUGAAAGCUACUGAACAAUACGUUUAUGUGGUUCUGUUUAUUACUUUAUACGCGGUGGUUCUAACUGUCAAGUCUUGCAUGAAAUCCUAAAGCGUGGCCAUUCAAAUGAAAGCUACUGAGCAGUACUUUCCUGUGGUUCUGUUCUUUAUGCUAUACAAGCUAGUUCUAACGUUUGAGUCUGUGGAUGAAAUCCUAAAGUGUGACCAUUCAAAUUAAAGCCACUGAGCAGUACUUUCUUGUGGUACUGUUUAUCAUGCUGUACAAGGUGGUUUCAACGUUCGAGUCUGUGGAUUAAAUGCUAAAGUGUCCUCAUUCAAAUGCAAGCUUUUGAACAGUACUCUUCUGUGGUGCUGUUACAGGGGGGUCCAAACUUUUGAGCUUGUGGAUUAAUUUAAAGUUAGCGUUUGGCCCCUAGAAGAGUAUAUCUGUAACAGGUCAAUAUCAAAUUCAGGGUAGAAUUUUUUAAGCUAGAUUGUACGGCUAGGAGACAAGGGAAAUUGAGAAUCAACAUCGGUUAAAAAUUUUUUGACGUGAAUCUAAUUUUAACCUGUAACUUAUCUACCUUAAACGUAAAACUAAUUGUCAUACACCUUCAUUUGCUUUGGAAUGUUCUUGAGUUUAUUUUGCUUUUCUAGGAUCUUGAUGACUCUCCCGCUGAACCUGACGUUGCUGUUGUUCCAGAAACUCCUCGUGUGACAAGAAACACACAUCAUUUCUCAUCAAGCAGUUCUCUAUCAACACUUUCUGCUAGCGAAGAAGAUGACGUUAGAGUGACCUGCUUUUCGCCCUCUAAAACAAGGAAACAGCUGAGCGAGGAAGCAAAUGACUUUUUGUCCAAAUUGAAGCAACGUGUUGAUCGUGAUAAAGAUAAAAGACGUGGGAAAGGAAAGAGAAAGAAAAAAGUUGGAACGAAGGAUUCGGCGGGUGAAAGAUCCGUAACACAUGGAACUCCAAGAAAGAGGUCUCCGCGUUCAAGACAAGAUAACUGUACUGAUACGUCACCGUUGGCUUGUGACCAACGAGCUUCCGUAAGGAGUCAUCAGCGUCGCUCUGCUUCUCCGGUAGGGGAGAUUCCCAGGGGUUCAAGACAAGAAGACUGUAUUGAUACGUCUCCAUUGGCUUGUGAUGUACGAGCUUCCGUUAGGAGUCAUCAACAUCCCACUGCCUCCCCGGCAGGGAAUAUUCCCAGGAUUUUGAGAGCUGCAGUAACUUGCCCUUGCAGGAGUUUCCCAGAGAUGUUGAGCCCCGAUGUGUCUCACCAGAGCGGAUAUCUCCAGGGUAUUCUCAGCAGUCCAGAGCGUCGCCGACAUUGUUACACGAGGACUGUGUUUCUGAUUGUGUUGUUCUUGAUCAUUCGCCACCACUUUCGCCAGAUCUUUUUCAACAGCAACACGAGUCACCCCAAAAUUCGGCGUACAAAGAGAAAGGGGAGACAAUGUCAGCAGAACUGCUUAAAUGUCACAGUCCUGGGGGCAAAAAUGUCAGUUUUGAAAACCUAGAUGAUGUUGAUAUCGUGGAAUCCUGCGCCAACCAAACUGCCGUGAAUGUAUCUAGACCGUUAGAAGUUAUGUCGCCUCCAGUCCCCUCGCCUGAGUACUCGUUCCUGGAGCCUAUUUCAUCCCCAGGUUCCCUUUGCCUUGCGCUUCCCCGCUACAAGACCAGAUUGUUUGUUCGCCAGAUUCUGUUUCGCCCGGUCUUCCUGUUGGUUGGAAAUCCACUCAGUCAGAGAGUGGACUGGGUACAUGUGCAGAAUCUAACUCACCCGUCUCCCCCUCGGUUUGUUCAUUCAGCUCGCAAAUUGCCAACUCGAGAAGAAAAAGCAGAAAACAAGAAACCGCGUCAAGGAAAUUGGAUUUGGAAAAAGAGAAAGAGAAAGAAAGUACGGAACCAGGACCGUCAACAGAUGUGAUAGAGAUUGAUCUAAACCUUCCAUUAAUGGAAAGGAUUCGCGCUGCUCGCAAUGGUGGGAAGAAAAUUUACAAGGUUAAAGAUGUUAACGAAGAUGGAAGUGAUGAGGAUUGUAUGGAAAAUAAACUUGUGCCAAAUAUGAAAAAGACUACGGAAGCUUCUUCACAAAAAGACAGUGAGUUAAUAUCUACAGUGGAGAUGAAAGAGGUGCAGAAUAUUUCAGUGGAUGCUGAUUUGGAUUUUCAUGAUGAUGGCGGAUAUAAUUUUGACGUUGAAGAGUUACAGAAUCUUGAACGUUUGAAGAACGAUAAUCAAGUUGACUUCAACGAGCAAGAAGAGUGUCAUCCCGAGAAAGGCAAGAGUUCACGGCAGGAGAAGGCUUCCAAAGCUGGCGGGAACAAAAGAAAGAUUCCUCCCAGUCAACAGCAGAGAAAGCAGGACGAUGAUGAUGAGGAGGAGGAUAAGCCGCAGAAGACACAGAACAAGCGUGGGAAAAAAGCAGAGAGUGAGACGAGAAAAGCAACGGCACAGACAGUUAGCGGGCGAGUGACACCCAUGCCUAACUACAACGAUAUGGCCACUCCUGUAUUGAAGGUAAAUAUGCCUUGAAACGUAUUUUUUAUGCGUAUUAUAGUUAGAUUUAAGGACGUCAGGACUAGAUUCUCGCUAAAACCCGUUGUAGAAUGGCGACUGUUAUCACGUUUUCCCGCCAAAGUGAAGCUGGUUCACGCUUGUGCACCACGUAGUUCUGAGAAAAUCUCGCACUCGUAGUCUUCCUCGUCUUAGAAUCUAAAGGUCGCUUUAAUGCAUGAAAAUAGCAAUAGCGGCUGCUGAAUUAGCGGUACCGCAACAGUGGAUAUCGCUAGAAAAAUACGCCGCCUUCAACUUAGAACUUGUUCAACGAUGGUUUAUAAGUGUUUUGAUACUUCCGCCGCCGACCUAAAAGAGGGAUUUUUUUCGAGGGCGAAGUCGGCCGUUAUUGGGUUUCAGUGUGACAUAAUCCCUAUGAUUUAGUUACUUACGUUGGUAACCUUGGAAGAUGAAUUGAUUAUUAAAGAUACAAAAUUCAGGGUGAGUCAAGAGUUGUUAAGCUUGUGUGAUGUACAUCUUUAAACCCUAACAUCAAAAUUCAAAAUUAACGUUUUCUUGAAGGGUCAUCUUGUGUGAUCAUGUCAACCACUCUGUUUUAUAAAGCAUUGAUAUUACAUGGAGAAAUUUGACGCUGAUCACUCUUAGGGCUUAAAGGGUUAAAGGCGCUCCAAAGAAAGUGAGCCAUCUCAUUAUUUCUUGAGGAGCCCUGCGCUACUCUCAUGUGACAAGCAUCUUUUUCUUAGAUUGAGCUGCAAAAGUUUGGUGUUCGUCCUCUUCCGAAGAAAAAGAUGGUUAAGAAAUUGAAAGAAAUUUAUGAUUAUACGCACCAAGGUAUUGUUCAGCACUUCUGCUUGUUCUGUAUUUCUUGUAGUUUCUGAGGAGUAUUAUUUUGCCCUUGAUGUAGGGAAAAACAAGGAGAGAAAUUUGGGUUGCAGGGUGUUAUAUACACCGCCGUCUGGUUUAGCUCAGUUGGGAGAGCGCCGGUCUGUCGAGCGGGAGGUCGCGGGUUCAAACCCCGGCAGGACCAAAACUCAGGGUCUUUAAAUAACUGAAAAGAAAGUGCUGCCUUUGUAAUGAGAUCUGCAAAUGGUUAGGCUUUCUAGUCUUCGGAUAAGGACGACAACCGUAGGUCCCGUCUCAUAGCACUUUCACUGAUUUUUCUUGUGGAACGUAAAAGAACCCACAUCACUAUUCAAAAAGAGUAGGGGUUGUAAACCCCGGUGGUGUGGUCAACCUUUACGGGUUGUGGGAUUGGUUAGGGAUGGCACCUCGCAUGGGACCCGUUCGUGCACAUUCCCUCUGGGCAGGCCUGUGUCCAGAAAAGCUGGCAGCAUAAAAAGGAAAAAAAAAUACACAACUGACCAAUAUCUAAGUUACAACUGUGGCGUCUUUUCUAGGUCACCAUUUUUUUCGUUAGAUGAGAGCACAACAGACGUGUCCUCUUUUCAUUAUAUGUUAACAUGUUAACAGUAAGCUCGGACUUCAGCUUACAAAGGCGCCACUGGCAGCCGCUAUCAGUCCAUUUAUGAGCUUACGGUUAACCACCCAACCCAUGAUAUGAAUGAUGUAUGCAAGGUAGACUACAACACCGGUAAAAAGGUCCGCUACCCUUUUCGAAUAGUAGUGUGGGUUGUUUUAUAUCCCCUUCGAUUUGAUUAAUGAACAAAGGAUAAAGGAGACAAGGCCAACGGCUGAACAUCACCGCCCAAUGUUUUAGUUCGUUGUUCCUCGUGCCUCGGCUGUUGGGUAGGAUACAUCUCUAGUCAAGCCGUAUCAGAUUCAGUUUCUGUCUAAAUUUUGUGAAAAUAGCUUGUUGUGGUUCAAUUUUACCCUUGGUUGAAAUUUUAUUUACAUUACCAUACCCCAAACCAAAGGAAAUAAAAUCUAAAACAAGGAUAAAAUUGAACCACAACAUAGUCACCGACAUCUAUCGCGUGACCAGUUAUGGUGAAUAUGAAGUUUUUUUUUUCUUGAACAGUUGAAACCCUCCCACAACAAGGUGAAAAAGGACAAGCUGUCAGCGACAGUCAACCCGCGUCGUCUAAUGUUGUGCCGACGGAUGUUGUUGAUGGAGUAGAGGGAAGCGGAACAGCUAGCAGCGACAACAGGUACAGUGGAGUUAGGAUGGCUUGCUCUUAAUCAGACUACUUUCAAGAAUAAUUUUCGCUUGAACGUUAUAUCAAUUGAGUUGUUGGCUACAAUCAGCGCGGUUGAUGUGAAUAAAAUAUGUUGAUGUUUUUAUUGGUAAGAUUUUCCGAGUGCAGGUCGUUGAUUACACUGCUUUUAUUGAGUGUCUCCCAAGCUUGUCCCGCAAUGAUCGUCCCAAACUCUCAAAAAGGAUCGUUGCGUUUCAAGCCAGAUUUGUUUUCUUGUUGAUUUACUCCUGUAAAAGUGAUCUUACACGGGACGAUUCGCAACGAAGAUUUUGAGCGCAACACAGCGUUACAAUUUUGGAACAAUAGGGCCAUUUAUACGAGGAUAAAUAAGACGCGUCUUACAUAGGACGCAUCUUAAAUAAGACGCGGACUGUCCGUAUAAACGGCACAUUUCGUCUAAAAUAAAAUCGUCGUAGAUAAGACGCGUCUUAUUCGUAUAAAUGACCUUGAUGUUGUAACGUGUCUGUGGUGCGCUAAAAUCGUCGUUGCGAUUCGUCUCGUGUAACGUCACCCUAAGUCCCCUUAUAACCCCCCCGCCCCAGUCAUGGGUCCAUCUACCUGUAAACGAAAAAAAAUGACCGGCUUUAUGGCUUGUUUCGAAGCACUUUGUUUAUUCCUGUUAUAAGCCCCCGGUUAUAAGCCCUCCUUAAACCCCUUACGAAGACGUAUAAGCCGAGCCCAGGGGUUAUAAGCGGCAGUUUUCGGUAUCUUUUUUGUCUUAAUCUUUAAUUGGGUUGAAGCGCUUUGUUUUACCCUUAGUCAUUUUUAUUGUGCCACCUUUUUAUUUGUUUACCUGAACAGCGAUGAAGAAGACACAGAAUUCGGUGACUGUACAGUAAUGAUUGAAGACGAGGCUAUCACGGCUUCCCAGCAGGUUGGAUAACGUUUUUAUAAUUAUAAUGGCUUUGUGUAGUAGAAUGUACAAAGAACAGCGUGAUAAACAUCGCCUUAGCUGCAAAGUACAGGGGCACCCAACGAUAGUAUAGUUCAAAACCACAUAAACAUAGCAUUGUUGAACGUACUUUAGUAUUUAAACGGUAGAUAAAGGCUUAUUUUUAUCCCCUGAAAAUUUUUCAUCUGUUCGGAUUUCUUAGCUGAAAGUAUAGUGAUCCGAAAAUUAUAGGGAUCAAAAUUUACCUUUUCGAAAAUUUCAGCCAGAAAAAAGGCUCCCGAAAAUUCUAGGUGACCUUUUUAGCGUAAAAAUCCGUUAAAAAUGGGCAAUUAUACGAUUUUUUUGAAGUUCGAAAAUCCUAGGAGAGGCAGGCAAGCAAGAAAUUUGUCCGAAAAUGAUCCGAAAAUUCUAGACCUCAAAUCGUCUUCCGAACAGAUAAUUUUCCGAAAAUUGUCGUUGGGUGCCCCUGAAAGUACUGCUUGAAAGCUUAUAUUUCAGCGGCUACUAGUAGGAUUUCCUCUACAGACUCUUGAAGUCAGGACCAUCUUGUACAGUACAGGAAAGCAGUGCUCGGUAGCGUUUAUUUAGGAGAUAAGAUUUGUGCCUUCCUGCUCUUUAGAUCCACUUGGAAUGGUUUUUCCUUGGCUAUUAAGCAAUGAUAAUAAUGACUUGAAACGCAUGCCAAGUUAAAUACCUCACAUCUGACGUCAAGUGUAUUUUCCAAUCCCCAAAGACGCCGAGAGAUUGCCAAUUAGAGACCUUUAGACUCUAACACAAGAACGACUACGAAGACGAGAUUUUCUAAAUACUAAGCCAUUAAAGCUCGCGCUUGAACCAGCGUCAUGUUGGCGGGAAAACUUGGUAACCGUCUUCAGUCUGCAGUUGAACCUCGAUACAACGAAUGGCCAAAAAUUUGUUCGCUAUAACGAGGUUUCGUUAUAUCGAGGUUCCCCUGUAAGAUGGCCUUUGGGUUUUAGCGAGAAUGUUGAAGUGGCGGGAACAAGUUGUCAAAUGUUGACAGUUUUAUUAUUUUACGAUCGGGUGAGGGCUUAACGUCCUCCAAUAAAGAUAACAGUGCUAACUUUUCAAGUAAAAUACAAAGUAUAACGAAGCAUUCCGUAGUCACUUUUUUUUGACAGCACGCGAAAAAACAUUAAGUCAAAUGUCGUACCCGUAGUCCUUCUCGUCUUCGAACCGAAAGGACUCACUGUGACGUGUGGCUUCAACUUACCGGGUCAAGUAUACUCAUCUUGAAACGAUUUUUUUGUCUUUUAAUAUUAGGCUAACGGAGGUAACUUGAAAGAGAAGCUUUUAAGUUACGUUACCAGUAACAAAGAACUGUACAAGAAGCUUCUUAACUUUCAGGUAAAUUCAAUCACAUGCUUGGACAACGAACUGUAAUUAGCUUUUCAUGAGGAAGCAUCUUCCAGUGAUGUCGUCUGUACUUGUCCAAUGCUAAAACCCUUAGGGUGUUUUCGAUUUUCCGAAUUCUGGAAUAAGGUGCAUGGAGUAAACUCUUGAAAUCUGACUCAUUUUGGCGUUUAUUGCUUUGCAGUGACUAAAAAUCUGAUUCAAAUAAGAUAUUCCGAUGAUUGUACCGUUUUAGUGGCCCAAAAGAACAUGGUACAAUUGACUUGCAUCAAAACGUUUGCGUAAUCUUAUUCCAGGAUACGAUCAAUCAAAUACACCUUGCCUUAUUCGCCUUCUGCCAAAUUGUUUAACACAGUGAUAUGUAAAUGGAAUCGACCAAUUGACUAACCGGCGAUAAAAGCGCUGUAUAAUGUUGACAGUGGUUUGGAAAUCUAUCUGUUGGAGACGGCAGACAGGUUUGUCGCUUUUACUUUUACGCCAUCCACUGGGUAAAUCACCAUCCAGUGGAUAGAUAUUUAUCCUGUGCGAGAUAACGUUAUCCACCUUGUGAACUGAAUUUGAGCCUGAACCGGACAGAGACACUUGGUGUCGUACCAUCGUUCCAGCGAGGAGCAGCCCAUAAUUUUUUGCCUUUUUUAAGGGUUACAAAGGCAAAAGCAAAAGACGAGAUAAUAAGCUACAUAGAUACAAUGCUCGGAAAAGAAAAGACAGCACAAUGUAAAAUCCUUUCUCUGGAUGUGCACCGAGUAGAACCCUGAUUUUGUCUGAUAUCUUGUGCUUUUCCUUAAUUUGUGUAUUUAUUUUUGCUUCUUCUAGCCACAAGAAUUGGUUUCACUGCACCAGCAGAUAAAGUCCGACGGUAUCAACUGCUCUCUUGGCAAACUCGUGGACUUUCUUGAUGAGCAGGUAAGGAUGCUUUGUAGCGUAACUUUUCUUUGUCAUUUGAAACUAUGAAAUGCUAAUUCAGGGCUCGAAGUUGACACUCACCAAGUCGUAGAAUAGACAAGUAAGGGAAUAUCCAUCGACAUUGGUAGAAAGAGCGCCUUAAAAUAAGAAACCUUACAAAUUGAAAUUUUACUGACGUUUGUAUAGAGGGGGAACAAACUUACCCCCUCCCUCCUCCCCCCCCCCACCCCCACCAUAAAAACAUCUAUUAUAUGUUCUAGCGAACAUUUCCAGCUGGUAAAUGCUUUCAACGCUGGAUUCAGGUCAUAAGUUCGUGUGAUAUGGUUGUCCGGGUGAACGUAGUCGUGAAUAGGACUGUUGUUGACAGUGACUGACGUUUCGAUGACCCGUGCGAUAGUCAUCUACAGAGUCAAAGUGAUUUGUAUCUCUUCAUUUGCAAGUGAACCUUUAUCCAGCGUAAAAAUUGAGAAAUAAGGAAAACGUUGUUGAGGAAUUUUUGACACAUGAGAGUGGGUAUCUUGUCAACCCCUGACAACAGGUUCGCUUUACUGGGUAAACACUGAGAACGACUUUUGGCAGGAGCCUAUGACUAUGGGUCAUAGGCUCCUUGUUUCGACCGCGAGUUUACGUUUUAUAGGCCACUUUUGAUUUUGUUUCAAGAUGUGUAAAAAGUGCGUCGUUUUCAACGGGCUGUCAACCUUGAAGACAAAAAAUAGCCAGUGAAAUUAUUAUUUUUGCUAGAAGCUACAGUAGUAAAAAAAAAACUUACCAGCAAAGCCUGGCUAGUGGACUAAAAAAACUAAGCUCGAGCCCUGUAUUGUCCCUGUUGGCUUUUGAGUAUACAUGGCUAUUUCGGCGAGAUGUGUCAUGAAAGAAAAUUCCGCAAAAACGCCGCAAAAAUUCUUAACUACACUACAAGACUAACGAAUUUUUACUUCUUAUUAAAAAUGAAAUCAAACAUAAAUUUUGUUUUUUAACCUUUGUAUUCCGUAACCUAUGUGACGCGAAGGAUCUCUGUUUCAGUGCCUCACGUUUACUACCGCUGGAUCAAGAACGCGGGCGCCCAGGAAAGGAGGGCGGAAGAAGAAAAUCAGUAAUAAGUCAUAGCUGUUGAACAUCACUGUAAUAAAUUGUAGAAUAAAAGUUAUCCUAGCUAAAUAACUUGGGUUUAUGUUCUUGAGAAUUGUAAAUAGUUGGUACUGUGAAACUUUUCUGAUUCCGAAUGAGAGUGCAUUUAUUUGCAAAGAUAAAC